CGGUAAAUUUCUAGAUUUUAUAAUAAACCUUGAACUAAACUGAAGCCGCGAUGUUGCAUCUAUCUCCCUCAUUCAUUCUCCACCGCCGACCGUUAGCGACACUUCCCAGCCAUCGCCGCCUUCGACCACCCGCCGCUCUUCGAGAAGGCUCUCACUAGUGUUUGGUUGAAAAAUGGCUUCGUUUGCUUCCACCGAGUGUUCCCUUCCCCUCCACCAAUCGCGCCUCUCUUUGCCCACGCAUCAUAGGCAUCAUCCUGGGAAUGGUAGUUGCAGUACUUUCUUACAACUUCAACGUGCUGCUACUCACGAGUCAAAAUCUCUCUCCUUUACCUUUUCUGCGCAAGGAACGAUUCCUUGCGUUUCCGUUGAGAGGAAUGACCGCUCGUCUUUUGUAAAAACGUCCGCAGUUCGAUAUCUGACAGGAUCUGUCACCAGAACUCAGGGUCUUCGCUUUGCCGUGGUUGUAGCACGAUUUAACGAGAUUGUGACAAAGCAACUGUUAGAAGGAGCGUUGGCUACUUUCAAGAACUAUUCUGUCCAAGAUGAAGACAUCGAUGUUGUAUGGGUUCCUGGUAGUUUCGAAAUUGGUAUUGCUGCAGAAAGGCUUGGGAAGUCAGGAAAAUAUCAUGCAGUUUUAUGUAUUGGAGCAGUGAUUAGAGGUGAUACUUCCCACUAUGAUGCUGUUGCUAAUUCGGCAGCAUCUGGAGUUCUUUCAGCAGGUUUAAGUUCAGGAGUUCCAUGCAUAUUUGGCGUUCUGACUUGUGAUAACAUGGAGCAGGCAUUAAAUCGAGCUGGUGGGAAAUCUGGCAAUAAGGGCUCCGAGACUGCUUUGACAGCUAUUGAGAUGGCAUCUUUGUUUGAGCACCAUCUGAAGUGAG